UAGGGCCUCCGCGGAGCCCGCUUCCCGGCGCGCUGGGCGGGGUGUGCGGCGAGCGGCUUCGCGGGCAGGCGCGGGCCCGGAGGCAGCGGCUGCGCCCUGCGCCGGGGCGGAGCCGGGGGCGGGCGGCCGGCAGGCGGGGGCUAGGGCCGAGGCCGAGAGUGCCUGAGCGCCGGCGGCUACGACGGCAGCGGAGGCCCAGCAGGCUCUGUGCGUGGGUCCGCGGCGGCUCGGGGUCCGCCCGCGGGUUGCGGUGCGAGCGGGGGGCCCGGCUGCCCUCCUCCCCCGCCCGCCGCCGCCGCUGUGAUUGGGUGGAAGAUGGCGCUGGGCGGAUGGAAAUCCUAAUGACAGUCUCCAAAUUCGCUUCCAUCUGUACCAUGGGCGCCAAUGCCUCGGCAUUAGAGAAAGAGAUUGGUCCAGAACAGUUUCCAGUAAAUGAGCACUAUUUUGGAUUAGUCAAUUUUGGGAAUACCUGCUACUGCAAUUCAGUUCUUCAAGCACUUUAUUUUUGUCGUCCAUUUCGGGAAAAAGUUCUAGCAUACAAGAGUCAGCCUAGGAAGAAGGAGAACCUUCUUACUUGCUUAGCAGAUCUCUUCCAUAGCAUAGCCACUCAGAAGAAAAAGGUUGGAGUAAUACCUCCGAAGAAGUUCAUAACAAGAUUACGGAAAGAAAAUGAGCUUUUUGACAACUACAUGCAGCAAGAUGCCCAUGAAUUCUUAAAUUACCUACUAAAUACAAUUGCUGAUAUUUUACAAGAAGAGAGAAAGCAGGAAAAACAAAAUGGUCGUUUACCUAAUGGUAAUAUUGAUAGUGAAAAUAAUAACAGCACACCAGACCCAACGUGGGUACAUGAGAUUUUUCAGGGAACAUUAACUAAUGAAACCAGAUGUCUUACUUGUGAAACUAUAAGCAGCAAAGAUGAAGAUUUUUUAGACCUUUCUGUUGACGUGGAACAAAACACAUCAAUUACUCAUUGUUUAAGGGGCUUUAGCAACACAGAAACUCUGUGCAGUGAAUACAAAUAUUACUGUGAAGAGUGUCGCAGCAAGCAGGAAGCACAUAAACGGAUGAAAGUUAAAAAACUGCCUAUGAUUCUAGCUCUACACCUGAAGAGAUUUAAAUAUAUGGAUCAACUUCAUCGAUACACAAAACUUUCUUAUCGGGUAGUUUUUCCUUUAGAACUCCGUCUGUUUAACACUUCAGGUGAUGCAACCAAUCCUGACAGAAUGUACGACCUUGUUGCUGUUGUGGUUCACUGUGGAAGUGGUCCCAAUCGAGGCCAUUAUAUUGCAAUAGUUAAGAGUCAUGAUUUUUGGUUGUUGUUUGAUGACGACAUUGUAGAAAAAAUAGAUGCACAAGCUAUUGAAGAAUUCUACGGGUUGACAUCAGAUAUCUCAAAGAACUCUGAGUCUGGUUACAUCCUUUUCUAUCAGUCUCGGGACUGAGGGGGAACCGUGAUGAAGAGAUAACUUUCUGCCUCAUUUCUUCUCUGGUUAUUUUGGAAAGGAUCAAGCACUGAUUUUUCAAGAAAAGAGAAUUGCAGGAAGCUCAGGGGGCAGUAGCACACUUUGCACACAAUAAAGCAAAGACUCUGGAUUAACAAGCCCUUCCUAUCAUGGUAGUUGAUUUAUUUGCUCAGGUAUCAUGCUGUCUGUGCAGUUCCAUACAACAAGGAAACGAAAUCAGAGAUACCAGCUCCUCUUGUAAAACAGCCUUCCAGUUGUUGAUAUGCAUUUUCUCUUUAUUAAUGCACCAAUAAUGAUUUGAAUUCCUUGGGGGUGCGGUAGAAAGAAUUGGAAUCUGUGCUAGAUUGUAUUGAUGACUAAAGGAGAGGAUACUGAACACACUGCACACAUGCCUGUGUUUGGUAUGUUUAGAAGCAUAUUCCAUGGUCUUUUCAAGCAUAAACCAGAAGUACUUUUGGGCCCAACACUUGCAGUUGCCUUCCUGAUAUAAAAAAAAAAAAAACUAACAGAUACUAGAAUCCAGUGUCAGGAAGACAAAUAUGUUUUGCUUCUCUGAAGAAGCUUAUAAUAAUAUACAGUAUAUGUAUAUGUAGGGAACAAUUGGUCAAAAGUGGCUUUUUGUUUCCCCAAGGGGAAAGACUGGCUUUGUAAUUAUAAUUUUUUCCUUAUUUAUUUUACUUAAAACUGGUAGAGUCUUUAAGUAUCGUAUGAAGUGCCCAUGAUUCUGUCAGUAAAUUUUAGCAUAUUUUUAUUAGUUGUGUCAGCUUAAGUAGCCCUUUAGUUUGUUUCUAUUUUUAAAGUGAAUUUAAAAUUUUAUCUGAAAUCACUAAGAUAUCUUGGAAAAAUUGCAGUUAGAAAAGGUAAAUAUUCUUUUUCAGGAGGAACUGAUAUCUCUGGCUAAAUAUUUAUUCUUUGGUCAUAGUUUAUAAGUCAGUUAUUUUAUUCUGCUUUAAUUUCACUAAAAAACAAACAAAAAAACACAACAACUUAAAAAUUCCCUGUAGUUCUUGGAAUGAUAAAAGCAAUUCUGGUGCAGUGGUGAUAUACCAGUCUUUAGAGUUCUUGAAUAUUUUAAUGUUCCAAGUUGAGCCACACUUGGGAAAAAUUCAUGUCAUUGCAGUUACAUUAUUUUCAAAUGUCUUAUAUUUUAACUUGGAAAGAAGUGAUAUAUUCAUUGUAACCCUAGAAGCCUGGAUAGUAGCUAAAAUCCUUUUCAAGAUUACAUUUUGAAGAAAUAGACCCGUGAUCCAAAAAACAAGUCCCCUCCCCACAACCUUACAAAUCUGAGUCUUCAGAAAUGAAAAUUUGUUUACGAUCAUUCUAUUGAGGGUUUUAAAUAGUAAUAAAUGUAAUGUAAAAUGUAUGUAAACCAUUGCAGUUGGCAUUUUUCCAUGCAUCGGUAAGUUGUCUUACAGUGGCUAAAUGUAACUGCAGGAAACAAUUGAAAAUUAUAUUCAAAAUAAUAGUAAUCAGGCAUUUGAUUUUUUUAAAUUUAAUUCUUUUCAGCCAUAAAUUUUUUUUAAAUUCUCUAAAUUUUUUAAAGUUAUUUUACUAAAAUUGUUGACUAUGGAAAAACAAACAACAAAAGAGAGUGGUUUUUGUGCUGCUAUUUUAACAGUUAUUAUCUGUAUCUUUUAGCUCAGGAAAUGACUUCACCUAUUCAUCCCAUAAACAGAUCUUUAACAGGGUCACUUAGCUAAUUGGGUUGCUUAGACAGAUGUGCUGGAAGAAAACUAUGAUAUUUAAUAUUUAGUAUUCAUACUAAAUAUCAAUAUUUUGACAAAUUCGUUUUUAAGAUGCAGUUUCUAAUGCCUUACCCUGGCUGGAGUAGUUUUAUACAAAUUAUAUAUAUAGCCUGCCUGGUCUACUGACACUGCACAGAGAAUCACAACCAAGAAUGUGAGGAAAGUCUGAGCAGUGGAAGUGCUUAUAUUUUGAGGGCUUAAACCAAAUUCUCUUGGGACUUAAAACUGUACUUUUGCAGUUUUUCUGUACAGAGAAAAAGGGUAAAGUGAAGCAGAGUUAGUUUUACCACCAGCUAGGACACAACAUGUGUGAGAAAGAUAGAUGAAGUCAUUUGCAUAAAGGUACAGCAUCGAAAUAUUGUGUCGUGUUUGCUUUUGUGUCUUUGGAUUAUUUAAAAAAAAAAAAAGGAAAAACCAAGCUAAAUUUUAUAGUAGCAAGGUCUAGUAUUUGUGUUGGGUUCCAUGGUAGUCACAUACUUUUUUUCACAUUUACACCGUUUUUCAUAGUAUGAUUUGUCAGGGGAGGGAGUGUGGGGUGAUGGUUCUAAAUUUACUUUUUAUUCUCGGUGCAGCUGGAUCUAAGUAAAAUGUUUUGAAGCUUAUCAGAAACUCAGUAUACUUCAAAAAACGUUUAGGGUUAAGAUUGGGGGGAGAAAGAAUAAAGAUAUAUAUAGUAAGUAAGAAAAGUGACCCACCUAGAAAGCAAUUUGAGUUUGUUGGUUGGCUGUGAUUAAAAUGAGGGGCAGGUUCAAGCUGUAAAUGGGGCUAAUUGCUAUAUAACUAUGUACAUGUUUGUUGGGAUAGCUGUGUCCCAUAUUUUGUAUAUUGGAAUAAAAAUUUCUAUAAAUUAUAACUAAAAGUAAAUAUUCUAAAUUAAGUCCCACUUCCAAGUCAUAUGGUUUCUGUCUUAGAAAUUUUACUUUUAGAAGUACUUUUAAGUCAGGAACCAGAAGGCUUUAGGAAAAGGGAAGGAAAUGUACUAUAUAUGGGUCUUGUGGCCUCUAACCAUCAGUGUAGGGUUUUUUUAUUUCUUUGAUGGCAGUAGAAAGACCUCAUUUUCAUAACAUACUACCCUUGAUACUUUCUUUAAAGAUGACUUUCAUUAAAGAUUGUCUCAUGAGGUGUUUGGCUAGGAGCUGGGAGGCUAAGGCGCUUGGAUCCUGGCUCUUCAGUGAACAUAACUGUGUGACCUUGGGCAAGUCACUUAACCUCUUUGUGCUUCAGUCUCCCUGUCUUGUAAAAUGGGAGUAAUACCUACCUCACAGGGUUGUUGUGGGGAUUAAUUAGAGAUAAUGUCUGUAAAGCAUUUAAGGUUCUUGAAGAAGGCGCUAUAUAAAUACAAAAUAAUAUCUAUUAAAGUUGGUUUAUUUGUG